AUGCAGAGAAAUCCGUCGGCGCGCUCAGCCCGCGGGAAAAACCCACCGAAAGAAAGGACCAAAAACACGGCAACGGAGGCGACGAGUUCGACCCCCGCGGCCGAGAAACCACCAUCACCGCCGCCAGAAAAAGAUCCUGCACCCGUACCACCCGAAGUUCCACCACAGCCAAUGACGACCGAAGUUCAACCACAACCGGAAAUCUGCCAAGACAACCCUGCCGCCGAAAUUAUACUCACCGAGGCGGAAUCCGACGACGAAGAUCUAGACGAAGAGGAGGUCAUUAAGGAAUUCAUGAAGAAAUAUGGAAAAAACCCGAAGGCGGGCAAGUUUUUCGCCAAGAUGUCGGAGGCAUGCCGGAAACAAGAAGAGGUAAUUCCUGCCCUAACCCCACUUACAAUCCCACCAAGCCCCCAAACCUUAAUCGAAACAACCACUGCACAAGCCUUACCCACACACCCAGAAAACCCUCAAAUUUUACCCGAAACCCUAACCCAAGAAACGAACCCCCCAAACACUAUUCUUCAAACAGAAACUGAACCCCUAGCCGAGUCCUCUGUAAAUAAAGAAGAAACUGGAGAGGAGGAGGGUGAUAUGAUGGAUACUGAGGAAUCUGACAGAGAGGAGGAGGGUGAACGAGUUGAGCAAGUGGAAAUAUUGGAUGAAGAGGCCACUGGGUUAGGGGACGAGGGAGAAAGGAGAGAGGGUAUAGAUAGUGGGGAGGAUGUUGAAGCGAGGGAGAACAAUGAAGGAAAAACAGGAGAUGUAGAUGAGACAGAAGGGGAAGGUGAAGAAGGAGAGACAGUUGGUGAUGAAAAGGUAGGUAAAGAAGGUGAAGUGGUUGAUGAUGAAGAGGGUGAGAAUGUCAAUGAGAGGAUUGCUGAGAAGGAAGCUGAGGAAGAGGAGGAGAUUUAUGAGGAGGUUGCUGAGAAGGAAGUGGAAAGAAACGGUAAUGGAAAAGAUGCCGAGAAAGAAAGUGAGGAGAUAGAAACUGACAUCGUCUUGGUAGACGAUACAACUACUGAUGACCAAGGGACUCCGACAGAUGAGAGGUUGACGAGGAGGCAGUCCCGUCGGAAUAGGAAGCAAGAGGAUAAGGCAGAGGCAGGCAGGGCCAAGCGCCUGAGGCUGGAGGACAUAUAG